AUGGUAUCUUUCUUCAACCAUUUUUGGCUAGCACCUAUUGUGAUAAACAUUUUUCAUGGGAAUGUCUUCCAGGGUGUUUUGAAUCAAGCCUGGCAGUUGUUGUGUUGCUGGGUUUCCCCUCUUGUUCGAGUUCUUGUCUGGAUUUGUUUCCCUGUUGCAUAUCCAAUAAGCAAGCUAUUGGACCUUUUGUUAGGGAAGAGACACAAAGCAUUUUUUCGGCGAGCUGAAUGGAAAACUCUAGUCGACUUGCAUGGAAAUGAGGCAGGAAAAGGAGAACUUACCCAUGAUGAGACUACUAUCAUAGGUGGAGCACUUGGACUCAUAGAAAAAACAGCAAGAGAUGCUAUGACUCCUAUAGAAAACACUUUUGCCAUCGAUAUUAAUUCUAAUCUCGACAGGAAUUUGAUGAAUAUGAUAUUGGAUAAAGGACAUAGCAGGGUUCUAGUAUAUUAUGGAAAUCCAAUAAAUAUCAUAGGCCUUGUCCUGGUACUUCACUUUUAUCUUUGAAGUUGUAAAAUUGACAAAUCCAGUUUUCACUUCUAUGCAGAAUUGAUUGUAAUGAUCCUUAGUAAACUUGAAACAUGUUGAGAAUUUGAGAU